AUGAACUACAAAUUUGCAGAUGACAAAGUUCAUCAUGAAACUGUGUGCGUUGUUCAUGAUGCCGUUAGCAUCCUCUACAAGGACCCACUAAACCAACUGCCAGGAGAAAAACUAAAUGUUGGCUUCACCACCAGAGCUACCCUCAACAGGCUCCUUGAGGCUGAAGACAUCACACCUCAGGAGGUGCAGCUAUUCCAGCAGGCAGCACUGGCGUUUCUGGUCAGGGCUGUGGAAUACGGAAUCAACAAACUCCCCCUGAAGGAGGCCCUUCUGAAGCAUGCUAAAUUUGUUGACGUGCAGCAGAGGACUGAGUGUGGGGUGGAAGAUGCCCUAUACUUCGUAGACAGAUUUCAGGAACUACUUCCUUUCCACGGGCCAGAGGAACAGGACAAGGUGAGUGAGGAGUUCCUGGAGUAUCAGCUCAUGGAUAUCCCCAUGCCCCAAGAUCCCACCACCUUUAACGUUGAGGAGUUUUGGUGGAGUAUGUCCUCAAUCAAGAGCAAGCACAGAGGAAAGACCUCCAUCAUUCUGCCGUCUAUCUCUUCAACACAGCGAGACAGAGAGCAUGAGGGGAAAAAGGAAAACAAGCAUCUGGCUCCCCUGGAGACCCACACUCUUAAUUCGAUGCUGUACCCAGAGUGCUCGCUGACAGAUAUUCUGAGUGACACUGAGGCACUUGCUCUGCUCUCCUCCCAUGAGCGGCUGAUCCGUGCACAGAGGUGGACAAAAACAACUAGCUGAUGAAGUCCCAGUCCAAGCACACAGCAGAAAGUCAUUUGAGUUUGGCAUGACAUGAGAGUGAGAGUGAGUAAAUUUUUUUUUUUUUAACUAUCCCUUUAAG